CAUGUUUUGUGAUUUAUACAGAAACGCACGGAAGGAUGCAAUUGGCGAGACUUAAACUGGCGAUUCGUGUCAAACAAAAACUGCAACUGUUGGCCUCCAUUUGGUACGAAGGGUUGCCCGGCUUUCGGCGCAAGAAUAUCAUGAUUCAGACAAUCCAGUUGCUGCUGAUAGGCCUACUGUUCCCCAUACUAUCGGUCGCUUACAUAGUGGCCCCGCACUCACUAUUAGGACAAUUCAUUAAAAAGCCAUUCAUUAAAUUCAUAUCCCAUUCCGCCAGUUAUAUCACGUUUCUC